AUGCAAUUGAGUAUCACCUCGGCAGCUACACCGACAGCCCACGCAGACAAUAAGACAAGCCGAGACGGUGUAAAGGGAGGGCUCGAGAGUAUACGCACAGUGCAAUGGGCAGAGGUCACCAUUGGCAACAUAGCCCCCACACUCCGCAAGAUCUGCACCGUCACAUCACAUCCCAAUUCCGAAGUUCGUGUUCAGUUUGCGACCUUUGCCAUGGAUCUGCUGACUCAGUGUCCCACUGCUUUGCGAGGCUUAGCGUCCAAUCUGCUGGAUGUGAUGGUGCGAUACACAUACGACACUUAUCCAGGAGUGAGCGACCUCGCGCGUGCGCAUGUCAAGACCCUCUCGCGGAUGAUGACCGCAGACUAUACGAGAAGGCGACCUACCAAACCACCACCGAGAAAAGUUAAUGACAACACCACGGAUUCACAACACACAGAUAAGCACGUACGUACAACCGAGAUUGGACAUAAUUUAGGUUUAGCACCAGCUUUUAACCUAUCGCUGGCGAUUGUCGAGCAGCGUUUACACGAUUUGAUUAUGUCUAUUCCCCGACACAUCCGUACUAUGGACGACAGUAACAAACUGGAGGGUAUCAGACUCGUCAGGGGCUACGUGUCGCUACUAGGGGUCAAAUGCAGGACCUAUUUUGGGAACGAACUCCAUCUCAGUAUGCUCAUGCGGAUGCUAAUGCAAUUACUGACGUUUGAUGACAGCUCAAUGACCGUCUGGCUUGCAGGUGACGGAUCGGCUGCACACACUAUACCAAGCGGCGCCCCAGAAGCUGCCAACGACAAUACUGAGAACUUUGGGCGCCUGCCACCACCCUUGCCUAAACGAUUCAAGUACUUUAGGGACGAGAAAGUGGCGAAAUGUAUUCGGGCGCUGUGCCGGGAACUCGGUUCUAGUGUGAGUCUACAGAUUGUGUGUGAAAAGCUCAUACCAGCCUUACAAGACGAGGAAAGCUCACAAAGCCGGCAGGCGUGUCUGAUACUGACAGAAAUGAUGCAAACCCCCAGCGAUGACAACGGAUGGGGUACUUCACCGGAGGGUAGCGCGGCGCUGUUGUUGUCUGUGCUCGUCGAAAGACUCGGCAUGCAGACCUUUAAGACAGAUAGAGACACACAUGCACACACGCCUACAGACACAUACACUGAUACACACGGUUACACCCAAGGGCUGGGUGGGGGACGCACUAGUAGUGCGCUCCUGUUUGACGAGGAUUCGCCUGAUAUAAAUAGAACGUACUCUGCGACGCUCGAUCUGGCGACCUCCAGGGGGAGCAAUCAUGUAUCGAGUGAGCGGAAAGUACUUGUAUGCUUACUACUGGAAGCUCUGGCUGUGUGGGUACAGGUGUACGGGAGUUGUGACACACAUGGGGAGGCCGAUGGAAUAUCACAAAGCCACACACCUUCACAGCUGUCUACGGAAGACCCACACACAGAAGACGCACAUACACACACGGAUUAUCGGGCGGGUCCCAUACUAACAACUUUAGAGCGAGAUGAGGCGCAUGCACGCGCACAUGAUAUGUUUGUGAUGACUGUGUUGUACCCUCUGUUAGAGUGUCUGGCGUCUGGCGUGCCGUUGAUCAGUGCUUCGGCUGUGUAUGUCAUGAAGGCCAUCCAGUACUACAGCCCCGAGCAAACGCGCCUGCGAUUACAGUCACAAACAGUGCCGUCUCCGCCAAGCACACAUAUGCCCAAACCCACAGACAAUACACCUCAUACCCACAGGCAUGUCGAUCUAUACGUACAGUCUAGUACGAUCGCAGCCACAACUAUGAAGUAUACAGAACAGCCUGUGGAUCAAUGGGAUAGUCGGAUAAAGCGGGAAGGGGUUGAUCCUCUGAACGCUGAAGUUACCUUGAGUGGCAGCGGCAACCUAAAUGUUCUCAUCCGAUCUCAGAUCGAUGUUGUCAUCGAUACGGUGUCGCAUCAUCUGCUGUACCCAGAACUCUACCCGCAAGCCGCCUCAGUACUGCGAGUAAUCCUAGACAACAGCACCUGCGAUGUACUCCCCAUACUAUCGGAUGUGCUGGCUGAGAUGGUGGACCGUGUGGCGUAUAAUGCACCAUACAUCCGCAUGUAUCUGCCCGUCUUUGCUGCAGUGGUCUCGAACGUGCACACGUGGUUGUCAACUGAUGACCUUGUCCCUGCGACGCGCAAGUGGGAUCAGGAUCCUGAAGAGGAGGAACCUCCGAUGAAGCCGUAUCAGGCCGUUACAAAGUCGAUCAUGGAUGUCUUGCAGCACUUCAUGAGCGAUGAAGAUGACGUAACUCGCAUACAGGUUUGUACGACAAUCGCCGGCUGUUUCUCGAUCAUACGCCACGCAGAGAACGAGCUGUAUCCAAUGGUGCACUUGUUUUGGCCACCUUUACUGUUGCGACUCCGCGAUCGUAAUCCUCGUGUACGUAUGGCUGCGUUGGACUGUGUCUGCGCAAUCAUCGAGACGAGCACUUGGUUUGCUAAGACCCGUGUAGUUGAUGAUCUGCUGCCUAUAUUACAGAAAGAUCUCGGACUCGGUCAAGGUUCAGGUACCGGCGUACUAGGGGCCAUUACGGGUACACUCACUGAUGGACACAGCUCACUACGCAUCGAUAAUACGAGGGAAAGGGCACAAGCAUGUAACCAUGCACACGAAUCCUCAGAACUGACAAGUUGCAGGCACAACUUACCACCGCCAGAAUGUAGCAGGCAUACAUGUGGUCCAAACAGCCAGAAACCCAACUCUGGGUCUAAAAUUGCGACGUCAGACGUGGCGGAUGUGUGUGAUGCGUGUGUGUUUGCACUGGACUCACAAGGGAAGCCCACACUAUCCCCCACACUGCGGUUACUGAGGGCCGAUUCAGGUGCAGUUUUUCUGCCGCGCGGGUCAAGUAAAGUCAGUAGCGUGUACGGCGACCUCUGGUUCCAGCUACUUCGAUGUGUGGUGUGUAUUGCCGAGCAUAUUCCACUGGAAGAUGUAGAGACGCCGAAUGGUGCUGGAAGGGACGUUGGAAAGGAACCGGAAAGGACCAAGCACGUGACAAGUGGCCCGAUGGAGGAGUUGCCUUCGUCACAGAGAAGAAAUACCUCGGGAAAAGAUACACUGCAAACUCAGGGUGGGGCAGUGAAAAAUGGAAUGAAUAGUAUUGUCACUGAUACAGAGGCGGUGGUUGAGGGCCCAAUGGCUGAGCUAGACGAGCUCAUCGGUAAUAUGCUGGUAAAUGACUCGCACGCAGACUUUGGUGGAGGCAGUGACGAGGCCGAUGACAAUGUCAAUGCAAAUGAAGCUGCUCUCGGCCAACACGACAAAGAGGCACGAAUUGUGGAUGUCAUAUGCUCGCUCCUAUUGCCCUGUAUGCACGAACUGGCACCUGAGAAGGUGUAUACUUCGGCACGCGAGGGAUACCAUCAAUUGCAGAGGAAGGUACCACAAUCGCUGGACAGAUUUCUGAAACGAUCUUUGACGUACUACGAGCUCCUUAAAAAAGAUGAAGCGAAACCGGAUAUGAAUACAGUGGAUAUGGUUGACGCAGUUGACAGGGAGAAGACAACGGUUUGAUGUCAUGAUUUGUAUGUAGCAAGAAUCAAACACUUGCAAUGUCAAUAAUUUCCUGACUCCCUGACUCCCUGAGCCCUUGGACUCCUGGAGCAAAAGUAUAAACAAUGUUAUGUUUUGUUUUUGUUUUGUUUUUUUGAAAACUGAA